UAUAGACGACCCCAUCUAGUGAGUUGAGCUACUGGGCAAUAUUCUGACAGCGAGGACAGCACCAGACGCUAUACAUUCGCAAGCGAUUCGAUUUUCCUGAGCUGGCCAGGCGGAGGUGUAUGGCCCCGUACCCCUUUGAGAUGAAUCCCGUUGGUCUACCGGGGUCUCCGUCCCACGAGAUUAAACUUCACCAGAAAGAACAGUCGGAUACGGAGUGUGAGGAACUUCAACCCAAAGAUAUGACAACCGACAAAGGAUACAAAAGUAAGACGAGCAGUCUUCCAUUCAGCGUCGAAUCAUUGAUUUCCAAGAAAACAACCUGCAGGACUUACUAUUCUUCUCCCUCUUCGGAUUCGGGUCUCGUUCAACCAAAGCCUGUGGCGGCGGCGGUGCAGAUCACCGAACAGUUUUCUCCAAGGACUUUUUACGUUGAGAGGAAAGUUUCCCCAGAAAGCUCGCAGAGCGUGUCGGACUGUCAGAAUGACGACAAUCAAGAUUUUUGUGAGAAAGACCAGAACACUUGGUUCCAGACUUCAUCUUUCUCGACUCCCCCUCGAAGCUUAAGUCCACCUCCAUGUCCUUUAAGGAAACAUAAAAACAACCGAAAACCUCGAACGCCUUUCACUACCUCCCAGCUGCUCGCUCUGGAAAGGAAGUUCCGACAAAAGCAGUACCUCUCCAUUGCAGAGCGAGCCGAAUUCUCCAACUCCCUCAAUUUAACCGAGACCCAGGUCAAAAUCUGGUUCCAAAACAGAAGGGCUAAAGCCAAGAGACUUCAGGAGGCCGAGUUGGAAAAGUACAAACUGGCGUCGAAACCCAUGCUACCUGCCUUUGCUCUGCCAUUCCCCCUGGGAGCGCACAUGGGCUCUCCAUCUCUCUACGGACAUUCUAACGCCUACCACAGGCCCACUUUACCUGUUCCGGGACUCUUCGGUGGACCUGUCACCUAUGGAAUGUAUUAUUUGUCUUGACCUAGAUUGUGUAUUUACAUUUGAGAGAAAAUUAUAUGCCAUUUGUAUGUCUUCAAACAUGGUUGCAACACUUAACUUACUCCCUGUCUGAAACAUGGAUAUAUAUUUUUUCCAGAAAGGCAAACAUUUCCCAGAAAGCCCAUAGGCUUAUAUUUGUCUACAGAGAUAAUUUUUAGAUAUAUGUUGUAUACGCUCAUUAAAGUCAAAUACUUGUGGGACACGUUCUCAUGCCUAGAUAUGCUUAGGCCUUAUUUUGUAUUUCUGAUAGCGAUUUCUGAUAGUUGAGCAAUUAUCAAUGGCCAAGUUGUUAAUGCACGCGAGGCCUUAAAACACAACCCGUUUGCCACUUGCAGCGUGUGUAAUUGAUCACUAGAUCUAUACAUUUUUUUGUAUCCAUUUCGAUUAUACACAAAAGGGGGCAUUAACAUUAAGUUUAUGUAAUUUAACAGGCCUAGACAACGGCAAUAUCCUCGUGCAUAAUAUAUAGCCCUGUGCGCCAUGCAACGAAAAAGUACUUAAAAACAGCCUUAUUGAAAGUGCCUUCAAAUAUCAACUAGGCCUAUUUUGAGCUCUCGAAAAGCUUACUUGAACUGUAAAAUGUCUGUCAUUUGUUCAAUAUUGACGAUUUUUCACACUCAAUUGUACGUGCAUACAAUUAUGAAAAAUCAUGACCAACAGAAUUAUGCAUGUGUACAUUUGCCGCAUUUCUUUCCAGUUGCAAGCUCUGUAAAUCCGGUUUAUUUUCAUGGUGUGAAAUAUUACUUUAGAAAACAAAUGUGCAUAAACGAUUUGUACUUUUUCACUAUGAGAGGCCUUAAGACCAAUUACAAAUGGGAUAUUUGUAUGAUAUAAAAUUGAUUUUAUUUUCAAGAAAUAUAAAUAAUAUCAUUGUAAAUAGUGUUCACGUGUCCUGCAACUCUGAUGGAAGAAGACGCAGGAAUAUUGAUAUUUAUUAAAUAUCUCUGUAUCUGUACUGUGUACAUACAUGGUCUUAUUUUAAUUAUUCACUUAUACCUGUAAAAACUGAGCUCAGUAAAUAAACAUUAUAAUUUAAA